AUGGAUAGAAGAGAUGUUGAACGAGGGUAUGAUUCAAAGAAACAACGAAAUGUUCAAGAACGUAAAUACUCAGAAAUUGUAGCAUUAAAACGGUAUAAUAAUUGGGUUAAAGCGUGUUUAAUCAGAAAAUAUAUUCCAGAACAUUCAAGAGUAUUAGAUUUUUGUGGAGGGAAAGGAGGUGAUUAUAUUAAAUUUAAUCAAAAUAGUGUUAGGAGUGUAUUAACAUGUGACAUUUCAGGAGAGUCAUUAAAAGAUGCAGAAAAAAGAUAUAAAGAAAGAGAGCCAGCAUUUAGAUUUAAUUUGAAAACAAUUAAAGAAGAUUGUUUUAGUUCAGAAUUGUUAAAUAAAAUACCAAGCAAUAGUUCAUUUGAAGCUGUUUCAUGUCAAUUUGCUAUUCAUUAUAGUUUUGAAACAAAAGAAAGAGCUUAUCAAGCAAUUUUUAAUUUAACAAAAUAUUUAAGAAAAGGAGGAUUAUUUGUUGGAACAACAGUCAAUGCAUAUAGAGUAGUAAAGAAAUUACGUACUGUUCCAGGAAAUAAAUUUGGUAAUGAGUUAUUUACUAUUCGUUUUGAUGAACAAUUUGAUAAAGAGAAUAUACCUACAUAUGGAGCAAAAAUAUUAUUUUGA